UAAACCGAAUUACAAUCUGAUAAGCCUAACUACCAGACGCCAGCCAUUCUUCAGCUUUACAGCACAGGGCAUAAUUUUUACUGUAGCCCGGGCAGGCCCAUUUGGCUUAGCGGGGGGUAACGGCGGUCACAUGGUGACCGGGGGCUCAAAUGUCAAAGCUGUUUAGUUGACAGAUCGAUGGAUCUCAGCACAUUCUCACCACAUUCUGCUGCAUUUUGAGCAUUCUCCUCAAAAUAAGCUUCUUUGCAGCUCAAUCGCGGUACUGAACUCUGUGAUAAGUGGGCAGAACUUGUAUUCUGGUUUAUAGGGAGUUUUCUGCAACUUUAAGCAUUCCGGGCUUGCCAUGUCAAAUUUGGUAUUGGAGAAGCAGUAUUUUCAGCAAUCUAUUCUUAAAUCGCAGUAAAGAGCAUCUUUAUUUUGGAUCUCGUCAUUAUGCAGAAAAUUUAAAAUUGUCUUUGACGUCCAGACGGCAUUCCGAUCUGGAAUCGAGCUCCAAAUCGAGAAUUUUGUAACGUUCAUGUCUGUAAAUCAUGAGCUCGAAGCUCCAAAAUUUUACAGCAUAUUUAGGUCAUCUAGCUCCGAGAUAAAGCUGUUGGGCUGCGGUUGCCGUUUCGUGCCUUAAAUCGAGAUAUUAUUGACAUUCAGGCCUGUAAGUCGCAAGUGCAGCCUUGAUAUUUAAAAUCAUUUUUAGCAUCUUGAAACUCAUCAAGCUCCCAGAUAAGUUAUGUUCAGCAUUAUGAUCUGUCGUGGGGUUUAGAGCUUUAAAUCGAGACAUUACCAGCACUGUGCCCUGUGAAUCCUGAGCUUCAGCUCGAGGAGAACUCCAUUUACAGUACUUUUAGUCUCAGCAAGUGCUGAAGCUCAAAUAUUUACAUUAUUGACAGCAUUAAGUUCUGAGAUUCCGUUGGAGUUUGAAGCUCCUGUAAGAUAAAAUCAUUCACGGCACUCUUCGCCUUGAACUUUGGAGCUCAAAUAUUUAGAUUAUUUACAUCAUUUUGACGUUUUGAGCUUCUGUUGUAAUUAGAAGCUCCCAACAUUUGAAGUCUUUUACAGCAUGGAGGACAAUUAAGAGUUUUUGAAAAAUUAUUUCCUGUCAUCUGUUUGGCAUUAAGCACAACUCGGCUCCACAAAAUGGACGAAGAUAAUACUUUAGGUGUUCGUGAAAAUCUCCCAGCAGAAAACGAGGACAAAGAGAAGCAGGACUUAAGUUCUGAUCUGUCCGGUGGAGCCAACACUGUGAAUUCUCCCGCCGCUGGAAAAGCGCGAAAGAUAGCCUCCAAACCCUCAAAUGCUGCCUCAAAAGGCCUGAAAACCAGCAAACCUGUGUCAAAACUCUCCACUCCCUCAAAGACACCGGUCGCAUUGCGAGGAUCCACAGACAAAUCUGUAUCUACAACACCGGGCACACGAUGCUCACCAUCCACAGCAGCCAAAACCAGAAAGAUUGAUAACAAUGGGAAAGUAAUGGAAAACAGCAGCAUUUCAAGCUCAAAAACUGCCGUUGGAUCAAAUUCUGUUAAGAGACGGAAUAGCAUGGGGGCAUCCACACCGGGAAUUGCAGAACGGCGGUCAAGCAUUGCCACUCCUAUUGGUAGUACUACUCCCCGGCAGCGUCUCAUGUCUACUCCCGGAAAGCCAAGUAUGUUAACUGUUGAAACUCGCCGAGCUUCUCUGUCAAAUGUUUCUGCCCGUCCAGUCAUGAGUUCUACUCCCACGGAGCUCAAAAAACCCUCUCUGGGUUCCAAGACUUCUCCUUACACCACUUCUUCAAUAUCUCCAUCAAUUGUUGGGCCCUCGAAGUCUGCAACACCAUCUGCUAGAUCUUUGAAAUCAACAGAAGCUGUUCGUCACACUAAACCCUCUGUUGUUUCCUCUCGUGGCACUGUGUCUCCUAGUUUGUCUGGUGCCACUAAAAAGAAAACCGCUUCUUCAUCUCUGAUAGAAGCUAGGACGCGAACUUCAACCUCUUUAGAUGGAGGAACUAAUGGCUUGAGAAAACCGGCGUCGUCUCUUGUUAGCAGCACAAAGAAUACAUCUUCAUCUAUGUCUACAGAAAGAAUGUCAAGCCUUUCCAAUCGCCGAAAAUCAUUGACUCCAGAAAGUAAGGAUUCUCGGCUCAUCACUCUUCCGCAAGUUGAAGUCAAGGCUGGAGAUGAUGUGAGGUUAGAUUUGCGUGGCCAGAAAGUACGCAGCCUUGACUCCAGCGUGCUCAAUUUAUCCCCAAAUUUAGAGUUUGUUUAUCUGAGGGAUAAUAAGUUGUCAACAUUGGCUGGCAUUGAGAUUCUCAAGAAGGUGAAGGUUUUGGAUCUGAGCUUUAAUGAAUUUAAGGGACCUGGAUUUGAGCCUCUUGGAAAUUGCAAAGGUCUCCAGCAAUUGUAUUUAGCAGGCAAUCAGAUUACCUCACUCACUGGGCUUCCAGAACUUCCAAAUUUAGAGUUUCUUUCAGUUGCACAAAAUAAGUUGAAAUCACUUGCAAUGGCAAAACAGCCUAGACUUCAGGUUUUGGCAGCAAGCAAAAACAAAAUAUCAACUUUGAAAGGCUUUCCAUAUGUGCCUGUGCUUGAGCAUCUGCGUUUGGAGGAAAAUCCUAUUUUAGAGAUGCCUCACCUGGAAGCAGCUGCCAUAUUGCUGGUUGGACCAACUCUCAAGAAGUUUAAUGACAGAGAUCUCUCUGUUGAUGAGCAGAAGCUUGCAAAGCUCUAUCCUCCUCACACUGCUUUAUGCAUUAGAGAUGGCUGGGACUUCUGUGGUCCUGAUGAGGCUGCUGAUUCAACUAUGCAGUUUCUCGUUGAUCAAUGGAGAGAUCACUUACCACCAGGGCAUGUGCUCAAGAAAGCUUCAAUUGAUCAGCCGUUUGAGGAGGAUGCCUGUAGCUGCCAUUUUGUUUUUAUGAAAGAUCGGAGCAUAUAUGAUGAAACUGAAUUGGUUCUAAAAUAUCAGUGGUUUAUUGGAGACAAGACACCAACAAAUUUUGAGAUUAUUGAAGGUGCAGUGACUGAGGUUUAUUGGCCAAAACACGAUGAGAUUGAUAAAUUCUUGAAGGUGGAGUGCACUCCAGUUUUGAGGGGGACUGAGUAUCGACCCAUUUUUGCUGUGUCUUCAGCAAUUGCUACUGGGACUGGAUGUCCAAAAGUGUUGAAUUUGAGAGUAGAGGGUGAACUUAUUGAGGGUAAUUUGAUUAGAGGCUUUGCUGAAGUGGCAUGGUGUGGUGGAACUCCGGGUAAAGGUGUAGCCAGUUGGCUUAGACGCAGAUGGAACAGCAGUCCUGUUGUUAUCGUUGGUGCUGAGGAAGAAGAAUAUCGAUUGACUUUGGAUGAUGUUGAUUCCAGUCUUGUGUUUAUGUAUACACCUGUUACUGAAGAAGGUGCAAAAGGAGAGCCACAGUAUGCCAUGACAGAUUAUGUUAGAGCAGCUUUUCCUUCUGUCACUAAUCUGCAAGUUGUUGGAGAUCUUGUUGAUGGUAAGACAAUUAAAGGUGUUGGGACAUACUUUGGAGGGAAUGAAGGACCAAGCAAGUUUGAAUGGCUACGAGAAGAUAAAGACUCUGGAGAAUUCAUACUUGUGUCAAGAGGAGCUGCAGAAUAUACUUUGACUGAAGAGGAUGUUGGUCGCAGAAUGGUGUUUGUCUAUACCCCUGUCAACUUGGAGGGGCAAGAAGGAACAUCUGCUACUGCCAUUACGGGAAAAGUAUCACAUGCUCCACCAAGGGUCACUCAAUUGCGAAUUGUAGGAGAUGUGAGGGAGGGUAAUAAGGUUGCAAUAAGUGCUAUUGUUCGCGGUGGGGUAGAAGGUGCCAGUAGAGUGCAAUGGUUCAAAACAACUUUUGCUGACCUAGAACCUGAUGAAAGUGGCAUGGAAGCCAUAAGCACAUCAAGAAUUGCUAAGACAUUUCGUAUUCCACUUGCUGCUGUUGGGUACUAUUUACUUGCAAAAUACACUCCUGUGGCUCAAGAUGGUGAAUGUGGUGAACCAGCACUGUUUAUCUCAGACAAGCGAGUGGAAACAUUGCCACCAAGUUUGAACUUCCUUUCUAUUACUGGUGACUUUUCUGAAGGGGAAGUUUUGACAGCCACUUAUGGCUAUAUUGGAGGUCACGAAGGCAAUAGUGAUUACAAUUGGUAUUUGCAUGAGAGUGAGAAUGAACUAGGCACUUUAAUACCUGAAGCAACAGGUCAGCUCCAGUAUCAAAUAACAAAAGAUGCUGUCCAUAAAUUUAUAUCCUUCAAGUGUUUACCUAUUCGGGAUGAUGAUGUCAUUGGAGAAGUACGGACUACCAUGAGCCAUGAGCGUGUCAAACCAGGUUCUCCAAGGAUACUUUCCUUGAAGAUUGUAGGAGAUUGCGUUGAGGGAGCUGAGUUACAUCUUGACAAGAGAUAUUGGGGAGGAGAGGAAGGGGCUUCAAAAUUACAAUGGUUCCUGACUAGCCCAGAUGGAACGCAACAUGAAAUCAAGGGUGCUACUAGCACUUCAUAUACGGCUCGUAAAGAGGAUAUAGAUGGUCUGAUUUGUGUUUCAUGUGAGCCUAUGCGUAUGGAUGGGGCAAGAGGCCCUAUUAUGCUAUCUCAAUGUGUGGGACCUAUCUUACCUGGCCCUCCUUGUUGCGAGUCACUUCAGUUGCAUGGUCAACCUGUAGAAGGAGAAUGCCUUAGCUUUUCAGUAGUUUAUAAAGGAGGGGAGAAAGGUGAUUGUAUUCAUGAGUGGGCUCGGCAGAAUAGUAAUGGAGACUUAAACAAACUAAGCAAUGAUGAGGUUCUGGAGUUGUCAUGUGAAGAUGUUGGCAGUCGCAUUGAGCUUAUUUUUACACCUGUGCGAAAAGAUGGCUCUAUAGGAACAUCUCAAAGGGUUGUAUCUGAUGUCAUUUUGGAUGCGGAGCCAGUGGGCCAUGGCCUCACAAUUCCAGAUUGUUGUGAAGACAAAGAGGUGGUCCCCCAAAAAUCAUAUUAUGGUGGUAGGGAAGGUGGUGGACAAUAUACGUGGUAUCGGAUUUUGCAGGAACUGGAUGAGAAGGAGCUACUGGAUGCAUAUGAUGCAUCUGAGAAUUUUAAUGUUCUUGCAACCUCCAGUUCAUCUGAUAUAGCAGUAAAGAUGAUUUCCCAUGAUAGGACAUAUACUCCAAAGCUGGAAGAUGUGGGCGCUUAUCUGGCAGUGCGUUGGGUACCUUCUAGAAAGGAUGGUAGACUUGGAAGAGCUUUGGUUGCAAGAAGCAGGCUGCCAGUUACACCAGCUCCUCCAUCCGUACGCAAUGUUUGCAUCAAGGAAUCAUCAUCUGGUGUGUAUGUUGGAGAAGGGGAAUAUUAUGGAGGAUUGGAGGGAAGCAGUGAGUUCAGUUGGUAUAGAGAAACUGAAGAUGGAACCAUGUCUGAAAUUCGAGGAGCAACCUCUAAAUGCUAUAAAGCUACAGAUGAUGACUAUACAUGCCGUUUAUUGUUUGGCUAUACACCUGUCCGCUCAGAUGGUGUUGUAGGUGAACUUUGUCUUUCAGAACCUGGCAAUAUCAUCCUUCCAGAGAUACCGAAAGUACAGAAGCUUGUUCUUACAGGGAAGGCGGUAGAGGGAGAGAUAUUGACAGCUGUUGAAGUCAUCCCAAAAGGCGAGUCACAGCAACGCAUUUGGGAGAAGUACAAGAAAGAAGUUAAAUACCAAUGGUCACGUUCUGAAUCUGGAGACACUCAGACAUUUGAACCUUUGCAUUCACAACGCUCAUGCUCAUAUAAAGUUCGUCUAGAGGAUGUUGGGUGUUGGUUGCAAUGUGAUUGUGUUGUAUCAGAUAUAUUUGGCAGGUUUUCUGAGCAUGUCUCAGCCCUCAGUGGCCCUGUUUCAGCAGGCACACCGAGAGUGGAUAAGCUGGAGAUUGAAGGUAGAGGAUAUCAUACAAAUUUAUAUGCUGUUCGAGGCAUUUAUAGUGGAGGAAAGGAGGGUAAAAGUAAAAUUCAGUGGUUGAGAUCCAUGGUUGGAAGUCCGGAUCUUAUUUCUAUCCCUGGUGAAGUAGGUCGCAUGUAUGAGGCAAAUGUAGAUGAUGUUGGAUACAGACUUGUAGCUGUUUAUACUCCUGUCAGGGAGGAUGGUGUAGAAGGAGUUCCUAUUUCAACAUCAACUGAACCUAUUGCUGUCGAGCCCGAAGUUCUAAAAGAGGUUAAGCAGAAGCUGGAUCUUGGGGCAGUUAAGUUUGAGGCUUUACGCGAUAGAGACCGUUCACCAAUGAAGGCACAAAUGCAAGGAUUGGCAAGUUUGGAGAGGCGUAUUCUAGAUGUUAACAGGAAGCGCAUUAAGGUUGUUAAACCUGGAUCAAAGACUUCCUUUCCAAACACAGAGAUUCGUGGCACAUAUGCCCCCCCUUUCCAUGUAGAACUUUUUCGAAAUGAUCAGCAUCGCUUGAAGAUUGUAAUUGACAGCGAGAACGAAGUGGAUUUGAUGGUACAAACGAGACACUUGCGUGACAUAAUAGUUCUUGUCAUUAGAGGACUGGCGCAGAGGUUCAACAGCACUUCUUUGAACUCGCUUCUCAAGAUGUAACACACAGUUGCACACUUUAUAUUAUCUGUUAUCAUCAAGAACUACUGUAUAUUAAUGGGGUUUUCACCCGAGGAUUAUCUCAUGUUCCUGCCUGUCGAGAAAUAUUUUGAAGAAGAGUUAUGUUGUAAUUAGUGUACCCAUAGAAUGGAUGGUGUUAAAUAAUGUAGUAGGUUAUUGUAUCAGAGGAUUUUCUGCUGAUUGCAUACAGGAUGUUCUGUUGUAAAUUAUCUUUCUCAGGUUGUCCUGAAAAAUAUCCCCAGUAUUUGUAUUAUUCAAUCCUGAGUAAAAUAUCUCCUUGUUUGUAGCUAUUGAGAGAGUUGUAUAGACUAAAGUCAUACAAAAAAUUUGUUUUACUUGCGCAAGGCAAAAAAGAACUUAUUUCUCUGUGAAAGACUAUAACGAAGAUCCCUACUCGUGCAAAAUCCCUUGCUAUCAGUGCAAGGUGAUCUGUUUAAUAGUUUGGUAUUUUAUCUGAAUUUUGCAUUUGCCAU